AGAAACCUGAGCGCGAGAUGAGAGAGAGAAAGAGAGGGAGAGAGAGGCAUUCGGAGAGUCGCAGCCCACAAGCCGUGUCUUUAAUAGAAGCGGCCAUUGAGCUGCUAAGAAGCAUGUAGAGGAGCUAAAGCGGUUUAAUCGAACCAAGAAGACACCGAUUAAAAGGGAUAUAAGAACCGGUGUCCGGAUACUAUUUCAGUGGAGCCUUGUUACUGAUUUCGGAAGGAGCUAUCCCACUACGACCCACCUUGCCUUUACGCAGACACGCUUCAGUGGCGCUCACAUAAAACACAUUCGCCGGGUAGGAAGGUCUGGAGGGGGUGAUUUUUAUAGAACACGGCGAGCGAUGCGCCUGGAAUUGUGGCUUGACAAACACAGACAGUAAUGGGUCGAUAUAUUCAAUGAAAUAUCGGUAGGCUAUAACGUUGAUAGACAAUUACAAUUAUUUUUGUAUUGGAUAGAAGGUUGGCGCUUUCGGUUGCUUAUUCGGUCCACAUAUUUUAUUCAAACUACGAAUGACUCGACUUGUCAAGUGAGCGGCUUCACUUUUUCCUUCAACCAAUUAGCCUUGCGAAUCGCCACUUUCACAAGCAAACAAGGGAGAGGAGCACAUCCACUGUGGCUUUCAACGCAAAACGGAUUUGACAGCUGUGUUUGCGAGCAGAGGACCCGGAUCCACCGUCCUGGAUUACUGCGGUAGCGGGCCAUUCGGCUGCUGGCCACCGGUAACAGAGGCACCAUGGCCGGCUUCAUCCCGGGUUUACAGCCGACCAGCCAUUCCCAGGAGAAGGAAUUCGCCCAGGCGUACGAAGAUGUUCUGGAGAGAUACAAAGAUGAGCGAGACCGGGUGCAGAAGAAAACCUUCAUGAAAUGGGUCAACAAACAUCUCAUCAAGGUGAGGAAGCACAUCACAGACCUGUACGAGGACCUGAGAGAUGGACACAACUUGAUCUCCCUCCUGGAGGUCCUCUCUGGAGUCACCCUGCAGCUCAAGGGCGUGUCCUCGCUGAGGAGGGUGUGUAUCUCCCGAGCUCCCCCGCUCAUCUUGCUCGGGGGGGAGGAGGUGGAGGAUGGAGCUCAGGGACCCAGAGAAAAGGGUCGCAUGCGAUUUCACCGGCUCCAGAAUGUCCAGAUCGCCCUGGACUUCCUCAAACAGAGACAGGUCAAACUGGUGAACAUCCGGAACGAUGACAUCACAGACGGCAACCCCAAGCUGACACUGGGCCUCAUCUGGACCAUCAUCCUGCACUUCCAGAUCUCCGAGAUCUAUGUGAGCGGUGAGUCUGGGGACCUGACGGCUAAGGAGAAGCUGUUGUUAUGGAGCCAGAAGGCCUCCGAGGGCUGGCCUGGCCUCCGCUGUACCAACUUCUCCUCCUCCUGGAGCGACGGGCGCAUGUUCAACGCCCUGCUCCACCGAUUCAGGCCAGAUUUGAUUGACAUGGAGGUGGUGGCACAGCAGAGUAACCUUGACAACCUGGAGCAGGCCUUUGAGAUUGCCGAGUCGCUAGGGGUGACCAGACUACUGGACGCUGAAGAUGUGGACGUUCCGUCUCCAGAUGAGAAGUCGGUCAUCACAUACGUCUCCUCCAUCUACGAUGCCUUCCCCAAGAUCCCAGAGGGAGGAGAGGGCAUCGCAGCACACGAGGUGGACCACCGCUGGGCAGAGUACCAGUCUCGUUUCUCCAUGCUGCGCCAGUGGAGCCAGCAGCACACGGCCCUCAUGGCCAACAAGAACUUCCCACUGGACCCUGUGGAGCUCAAGGCACUAUACAAUGAGUACGUCCAUUUCAAAGAGACGGAGAUCCCUGCCAAGGAGCUGGAGAAGAGUGGAGUUGAACACCUCUACAAACUACUGGAGGUAUGGAUGGAGUUUGGGCGCAUCAAGCUGCCCCUGGGCAUGCACCCCAACGACCUGGAGGAGGAGUGGGGCAAGCUGAUUCUGGAGAUGCUGGAGAGAGAGAAGGCCCUGCGGCCCGCUGUGGAGAGACUGGAGUUAUUGCUGCAGAUGGCCAAUAAGAUCCAGAACAUGGCCCUGGACUGUGAGGAGAAACUCACCCUGGCCAAGAACACACUGCAGGCCGACAUGUCCCGGGUGGAGAGUGGCGAGGCGGUGCGUUGUGAGAGGGAGCUGGGCUUGUACCUGCAGGACUGUGAGGUUCUGAUCAGACGGCUCAACGUGGACCUCCAUGUCCUCCGGGACCAGAAGUACUACCAGGUGGAGCAGCUCGCCUUCAGAGUGUCCUGUCUCCACGAGGAGCUGGUCUCUCUCCGGCUCCAAUGCUCCAGCGUCUACAGGAAGGGUCACUUCUCCCCGGUGACGGGGGGAGACCGGACGGCCCCGCGGGGGAGCGACAGUGGUCUCUCCCUGUCCACAGGGGCCCAGACCCUACUGGGGGCAGUGGGGGUGAUGGGGGCAGCCCUGCUCAGGAGACCCAUGUCCCGCUCUCAGCUGGUGGCCAUGUCAUCCUCGGAGGACGAGGGGAGUCUCCGGUUUGUCUAUGAGCUCCUGGGAUGGGUGGAGGAGACACAGGACAUAAUGGAGCGUGCAGAGUCAGGGGCGGACCUGCCCUCCGUAGAGCAGAACCUCCAGGACCACCAGAACAUCCACACUGCCGUGGAGGAGCUACUGCACAGCCUGAAGGAGGCCCGCAACUACGAGACGAAAGUCUCUCGUAACUUCAGAAGCAAUUAUUCUGACACUCUGGCCAAGCUGGAGCAGCAGUACUGCAAACUACUGGAAAACUCAUCGUGGCGUAUGCGCUGCCUGGAGAGCCUGCAUGCGUUUGUGUGUCGCUGUACAGAGGAGCUGAUCUGGCUCAAUGAGCGAGAAGAGGAGGAACUGGCCUACGACUGGAGCCACAACAACACCAACGUCAACGCCAAGAGAGAUCUAUACGCCGAAAUGAGGUCAGAGCUGGAGGAGAAACAGGAAGUGAUGCACUCGCUGCAGGAAACGGCCGACCGGCUCUGUCAGGAGAACCACCCGGCCAAACAGACAGUGGAGGCGUACAGUGCAGCGCUGCAGACCCAGUGGCAGUGGGUACGCCAGCUGUGUGUGUGUGUGGAGCAGCAUCUCAAAGACAAUACUGCCUACUUCCAGUUUGUGAGUGACGCACGGGACUGCGAGACGUACCUGCGUCAGCUCCAGGACACCAUAAAGAGACAGUACACCUGUGACAAGAGCAGCAGGCUGGGCAAGCUGGAGGACCUGCUGCAAGACUCUAUGGAGGAGAAGGAGCAGCUGAUUGAGUACCGCAGCUCUGUGGCCAGCCUGGUGGGCCGGGCCAAGACGGUGGUGCAGCUCCUCCCCCGCAGCGCCGAGAGCACCCUGGGAAGCACCACGCCCAUCCGCGCCAUCUGUGACUACCGGCAGAUAGAGGCUAACGUUCAGAUCACCAUCAGCCGAGGUGAGGAGUGUGUGUUGGAGGACAAUUCUCAGAGGACUAAAUGGAAGGUGAUCAGCCCCAGUGGGAAUGAGGCCAUGGUGCCGUCAGUCUGCUUCACCGUACCACCGCCCAACCAGGAGGCCAUGGACACCGCCAGCAGGAUGGAGCAGCUGUACCAGAACGUGAUGUCUCUAUGGCACAAUCUACACGUCAGCAUGAAGAGUGUGGUCUCCUGGCACUACCUGCAGAAAGACAUCAGGACCAUCUCCUCUUGGAGCCUGGACACGGUACGUUCCCAGACCCCUGUGGCCAGGGACCAGGCUCUGAACCAUUUGGAGGCCCACCUGGCUGACUUCCUCUCUGACAGCAAAGAGAGCGUCCUCUUCAACCCCGCUGAGAGACGCGAGCUGGAGAGAGACGCCCACACCGCCCAGGAACACUGCCAGGACCUGCUGGUCAACAUGGAGACAGUGGAGAAGGAUGAGUCUGUCUCUCGGUCCUACCUGUCAGAGCUCCAGAACAUUAAACUGCGUCUGGAGGAGGCGGAGCAAAAGCUGAUGCGCGGCAUUCAGACUCUGCCCCCUAGCAACCUAUCGGGCAACAGCGUCGACAACACUGUUCAAAUUGCAGAGCAAGAGAAGCUGCAGUCGGACCUGGAUAGUUUGAGGACCAGUCUUGGCGAGGUGUCGCGUCGCUGUGUGACUUUCUUUGAGGAGAAGCCCACCUCCUCCACUGUUCCCGUACUGCGCUCUGAACUCAACCUGGCUGUGGAGAAGAUCGACAGACUACACAACCUCUCCUCUGUCUACCUGCGCAAGCUGAAGACAGUGGAUGUGCUGAUCCACAGCUUGCAGGCCGCAGAGAGCCAGGUGAAGAGGUACGAGAGCAGGCUGAGUGAGGAGGACAUCGUCCCUGCAGACGCCAACGCCAUCCAGGCCCUACGGGAACAACUGGGGACGUGGCAGUCGGAGCUUGAGGACCAGGAGGGGGUGUUGAGCUCCCUGCAGUCGGUUGUGCAGAAGGCCCGGGAGGCGGGGACUCAGCUGAACAGGCUCCACCCAGACCGCAGCCCGGAGCUGGAGCGCUACCAGGAGAAAGCCGCCCAGCUCACCGAGAGGUGGGCCGGAGUCAAGAGACAGAUGGACACACGGCGAGCCGAGCUAAAGGCCCUGGGCUCAGUCCUGCAGCACUACAGAGACGGCCACUCUGCUCUGAUCCACUGGAUAGAGGAGACCACUGAGAGACAGGAGAACACCCAGCCUGGACAGACUGACAGCAGAGUCCUGUCUGAACAACUGGCAGAACAAACGGCAUUAGUAGCCGAGAUCGAAAAGAACCAGACCAAACUAGACGAGUGCCAAACCCACUCCAAACAGUACUGCACCUCUGUCAAGGACUACGAGCUACAACUGAUGACAUUCAAAGCCUUUGUGGAGUCGACCCAGAAAUCCACUGUUAAGAGGAGGAGGAUGCACUCUUCAUCAGACGCCAUCACGCAGGAGUUCAUGGACUUGCGCACACGCUACACAGCCCUGGUUACCUUGACGACGCAACACGUCAAGUACAUCAGCGAUGCACUGAGGAGACUCGAGGAGGAAGAGAAAGAGGUGGAGGAGGAGAGGCAGCAGAGGGUGGGCCAGGUGUCAGAGCUGCUGGGCUGGGUCAAGGGCCUCCAGGGCCCCUCUGCCGAGUCAUCCAUCGCGGCGCAGCAGGCUGUCGGUGAGCAGUUAGCGGCUAAGAAGGAGGAGGUGGCUCAGGCUAUCAGGAACACCCAAGUCUUCCUGAUGUCUAAACAGGCCAGCAAGUUGUCCCCAGAGGAACGUGUCCAGGUGACCUCCCAGCUGGAUGAGCUGACGGCCACCUACAGCCAGCUGUGUGACCGUUCCACCGCCCGACUGCAACAGCUGGAGCAGGAGCAGGCCAAAGAGGAGCAGAGAAAGAGCCAAGCUGCCAUUGGCGGAGUUAUUGACCUGGGCACCAUGGAAACUGUCCCAGUCUUCCAAGCUGCUCAGCGUGGCCUCAUUGAUCAGGACACCUGCCAUGUCUUAUUGGAGGCCCAGCUCACCAUGGGUGGGUUAUUUCAGCCUGUCUCCCCUGUGAGCCUAUCACUGGAAGAGGGCUUCAACUGUGGCCUGAUUGAUAGUCUCAUCAGCCAAUCCCUAGCAGAGCUGGAGAGUGCCUUGCAUCUUGUCGACCAGACAGAACAACUGGAGGGCCAGCUCCUUCCAGUGGCCGCAGCCAUGGAGGAGGGCCUUAUCAGAGAGGAGUUGGGGCUGCGUAUCCUGGAGCUGCAGAUGAACACAGGAGGCCUCAGGGAGUUGGGAGGAAGAAGACUGACCCUGGAUAGUGCUGGAGAGAUGGGCCUGCUGACCCCAAGGGUCUACACCAAGCUCAGGUCACGGGUCAAUCGGCGGGAGCUCGUUGACCCUAACACAGCAGAAAAGCUGAAUCUGUCCGAACUGCAGCAGCGCUGUGUCCUCAGCGAUGACACCGGCUUGUAUCUGCUGCCAGUCAAACAGCAGCCAGGAGGCACCGUCUGCCUCGCUUCCGGCAGGAAGGUUGGGAUCUUCCGUGCUGUCCAAGAGAAUCUGAUUGACAGGCAAGUUACGGUGAGAUUGCUGGAGGCCCAGCUAUUUGCUGGUGGGAUUGCUGAUCCCCGUACGGGACGCCGCCUGACUGUGGAUGAGGCUGUGCGUCACAAUCUGAUGGACCAGGACCUGGCCUGUGCCAUGCUGACCCGCCAGCUGCAGAGUGGUGGGAUACUAGACCCUGUAAGUGGGGAGCGCCUAGGGUUGGAGGAAGCCAUCCAGAGGGACCUGCUCUCACCUCAUCUGGCCCUGCUGGUGCUUGAGUCCCUCUGGGCUUUUAUGGGGAUGCUCUGGCCUGAGUCAGGGGAGCUGCUGCCCAUUGCAGAGGCUCUACAACAAGGGGUCAUCUCGGGAGAGCUGGCUCUGAACAUCCUGAGACAACGCCACACGAUAGGUGCCCUGUACCUUCCUGAAACCCCCAAGGUCGUGUCCCUGAAUCAGGCUAAGGAGGUCCUUGAACCCAAAGUGGCUGAGAUUCUGAAAGAGAUUCGGAUCCCAGAUGUGCUACACAACAUGAACCAGUCAGGCUCCCCAAAUCUAAAUCGCCUAAGCUGGGGCUCCACUGGGUCAUCCCCUCCCUCCUCACCACCUGCCUCUUCCCCAGAGCACACAUGUUUCCCCUCAUUUCUGGAGGAGAUGGCCCCUGAGGAACAGGCACAUCACCGCCUGCUUUUCCAUUUAAUGACCCACAGUUAUAUAGAUGCACAUUCUGGCCAGCGCUUAGUGUUGUUCGAGCCUGAGCUGGUGGAACUUGUCAAGGCUGCUACUGGUCUGAUCAAUGUGGAUCCUAUACCUGGAGUGGUGGUGUCAGGGUUGAGUUUGACUUCACAGAGACAGGAGUUUAUGGAAGUAGUGCCAAUUGUAAGUUUGGUGGAUAAUCAGCAGACAAGGGAAAUCGGAGAGGUCCAGGAAAAGAGUGCAAAAUUCAGCUCGUCUGAAAAAUAUAUUUCCUCCAGAAAGAUGGUAAAAGAAGCUGAUAGUCAAGGAUGGGAUGGUACAUCUGACAUGAUAUUGCAGGCUAAGCAAACUGGAAUUCAGGAGAUGGGACAGGUAGACGUUGACUCAACCAUGAUAAUAAGUGAGAAGGUAGAUGGAGGUGUACAUAGAGAAGUAAAAGGUGAAAAGGAUGAAAUUGUUAUUUUUGAAAGUGUCCAGCCCUCAGCUGGACUACCAGAAAAGCAAUUAAUUACAGGCUCGUAUGAAGAGGGGCUGGUAGAGAUUGAAUCAGAGGGAGCAAGAGAUAGAGGUCACAAAAAGACAAAGGAUACGGACUCACUCAUGGGCGGUACACUUGUAGAAGCCUCAGAAAUGUACUCAGUACCAUUUAAGACCAAGGCAGAGACUCUGAUGCCAACCCAAUCUGAUGCCAACCCCAUUCCACCAUCAGAGACUAAUGAAAAUGAGAGCAUGCCUGUGAGUGUUGGAGUUAAACAUACUAUGGAGGAUGCUCAGAGGGUCACAGUGAAGACCCCACCCCAGGUUAUGAGUUUAGAGGCAGCAGCAGUGAAGAGUGAGGAGGAUGUUGAGCUGGAAAGGUUGACCUCAGAGCUUCACCAAGGGGGUCUACUGAUGGAAGGAGGGCAGCGGCUUCUCCCAGAUGAAGCCGUGGCUCAGGGGGUCCUCCCUGGACACACUGCAGUCAAGCUGAUGGCCAAGGCAGGACUUUUCGGAGGUUUCCUGGAUGUCAGCGCAUGCGAAUCUCUGAGCAUGGAGGAUGUGAUGCAGGAGGGUCUGCUUGACGAAGACCUCAUGUGGAGUGUGCUGAAAUCAGAGAAGACCCUGGCAGGGGUAGUGGAUGUAGAGAAGGGGAAGAUUUGUACCCUGAAGGAUGCUGCUCAGGCAGGCCUGAUAGACUCCAACACAGCUGCUCGGCUCCUGGAGGCCCAGGUGGUCUCAGGGGGAGUGGUUGACCUGCGACGGGAUAAGAAAGUGUCUGUUACCCUGGCAGCCAACCUUGGGCUGAUAGAGGAGGACCAAAGAGAAAAGCUAGUUGCGUUGGAGAAGUCAUACCGUGGAAAAUACUCAGACCCAGAUUCAGCGCUAACUAAAGCAACGUUGCAGCUGCAAAUGGAUGGGGUUGUCGAUCCCAAAACGAAGUCACCUGUUCCCCUAAAGCUGGCCCUUGAAAGAGGUUUGCUUGGGCAGGAGGAAGUCUAUCAAGCCUUGUCCCAGCAAGUGGCAGAGGGUGGCAUCGUGCACCACAACUCUGGAGUUAGACUGUCAGUUGCUGAUGCUUUGCUGCGAGGUCUGGUAGACCGUGCCAUUGCCCCAGAACUGGGGGAGUUAGAGAGAGCAUGUCAGGGGGAAGUCGCCCUCUCUUCAAACCCAGAUGCUGCCCUCCUCCAGGCAUCCACAGGUGCCAUUUUGGACCCUGAUUUAAAUUGUAGACUUACAUUGACAGAGGCUGUCUCCGAUGGUCUGCUCGAUGAGAGCACUGCCAAGAAAGCAAUGGUUUCUCCAGGUGUAACACAAGGUUUGUUGGAUCCACAAAGUGCCCAAAUUGUGCCUUACUCAGACCUUGUAAACCAAGGCAAGAUUGACAUUAAGAGUGGAAAGCGCUUCUUGGAAGUGAAGCCUUUCAAGGGAAUCCAGGAUAAACAAACAGGUGAAAUCCUGAAUUUAGCUGAAGCAAUUGCAUCUCAACAAGUUGAUCCGGUCCCAGCGCUCAGAAUGUUGCAAAGCCAGGCAGACACUGGAGGGAUUAUUGAUAUUUCCAAUGGAGCUAGGCUCCCUCUGCCUAAAGCCUUUAAGAAAGGGCUGGUGGGAGAACAUAUGGCCAGGCUCAUUGCCACCAACCAGGUUCUGAAAGGGGGCUUGUUUGACCCUUCCACGGGGCAGAGAGUCUCUAGCCUGAAAAAAGCUGUCAAAUAUGGGCUUAUAUCCAGAGAAAUGGCUGCAGAGCUCCAGGGCAACUUGGGCUCCAUGGACGUAGAAUGUGACGAUGAGGAUGGUUCAACACCCAUUGCCUCUUCAGAUGGGACCUAUAGUCCUGCAGUCACAUUAUCAAUAUCCAGUCCAGACAGCCAAACCAAAAUAAUUAUUGAAAGCUCUGAAGUUAUUUCUCCAUCCCCACAUCCAGAAGAGUUAGAAAAGGGGUAUAACCCUUUGAUGAUCACAGAGGACAUUGUAAAGACUCUAGAAGCUGGAACGUUCAAGCAGUCAGAAGAUCUGCAACACCAUGGCUCUGUACACAUUGAAGAAGAGAUGGAAGAUGGAGAGGUCUCAAUAGCCGGGAAGUCAUUUGACAUAGAGUCAGACCAGUCAAUCAAUUUGUUGGCUCAGUUUGCAAUCAAUGCGGAGAAAAGGGUUCAGCGGGCCCUUCAGGAGAUGGCGACUCCGCAAGAUGUUACUGUUCGACCACCAGAAAAUGAUAUCAAAAAGGAGUCUAGACCUGUGGGGGAAAGUAGUUCAGUCUUGCAGCAGGGGCAGUCUGCUAUGGGCAAAGAACCACGGAUGGACUCGACAGGGGCCAUUGGCAGAGAAGGUAGGGAUCAACAGGGCAACAUAGAUAUUUCUACACUAGUUGAUAGAGAUGAAGGGAAGACAAAUGUGGUAGAAGACAGUACUGAGAGUGUGGUGGAGCAAGGUAGAAUAGAGGUUGAGAGGGACACAAAGAUUGAGGUCACAGAGCGUGAUGAUCUUGGACAUGCAUCACCCCCUUCUAAGGAGGCUGAAGGUAAGAGCAAAAAGAAGAGGAAGAAUAAGAAGAAAGGAAAAGGGGAGGUUGACAUUGAGCAAAGACCCUCAGAAGAAGCUGAUAUUCAGAAAAUGGAAAACAAAUACCAGAAUGUACAAUCUAAGGAUAAGGGUGUUGAGUCCACCAGAGGUUAUGUUACCCCACAGGAGAAAGAGGAGUCCCUUGUGCAAGAUGUUCAAUCUGCACUUGAAAGUGCCAGGGCACGGACUGUUGAGAGGUUUGGAGAUCCAGAAGAUAUUGGCAAAGUAAGGGAAGCUUCUGCUGUUCCGCUUGGAGUCAUAGAAGAUGCUCUUGAGGUAGAGAGAGAUGGUACAGAGUAUAAGGUCUUUGAGGACCAAAGACGGGUGGAGAAGAACAAAACAUCUAAGAUACGUAUGGCAUCAGAGAAGGUUGAACCUGUGACAGAAGAGAUACCAUCCAUCCAUGAUAAAGCAGGUUCUGAAGUGACAGUAGCGAAGGGUGUUCUCGACAGCUUAGACAAAAAGUCUAAGACACCCAUAGUAGCAGAAAAGGUUGAAUCUGUGGCAGAUGAGCGAUCGUCCAUCCAUGAUAGAGUAUCCAUUCAUAAUAGAGUUUCUAAGGAUGAGCAAAUGCGGGAGGGCGAGCACAUUGUGGGAAAGAGUGAUUCAGAUGGGGAGAAGACGGUUUCUCAACAGACUGGACAACAGGAGCAUAAGGAUAGAAAAGAGGUGGAAUUCACUCUGAAAACCCCCCAGGCAGCAAAUGACAAAGAGGCCCUUUUACGGAAGGCAAAAGAGAGUAUCCUGAGGAAGGUGUUUGGGCGAGGUGUUAGUGAGAAGCAGGCUGCAGAUGAGCUAGAGGCACUGCGUCAGGGAGUGGGGAAGAAGGAGAGUUUGGUGACAUCUGUAGAGGAAGUUAAGACUGUAGGGAGUCCUGAGGUUUCACCAGAAGAGAGUAAAGGAAUUGACAAGAAGGAAGGAGAAAGAGAGAAAGUUCUGCCUCACCAUUCUAUGAUUCCUGUAGCAGCAGAGGAAGUGGAAAAAGCUCUGCCAUGCCAGGUUAAAGCAGGAAGGAAAGAGGAGAAAGUUCUACCAGACCAGGCUAAAGGAGAGAAAGAGGAGAACGUUCUACCAGACCAGGCUAAAGGAAAGAAAGAGGAGAAAGUUCUACCAGACCAGGCUAGAGAAGGGGAGAAAGUUCUACCAGACCAGGCUAAAGAAGGAGAGAAAGAGGAGAAAGUUCUACCAGACCAGGCUAGAGAAGGGGAGAAAGUUCUACCAGACCAGGCUAAAGAAGGAGAGAAAGAGGAGAAAGUUCUACCAGACCAGGCUAGAGAAGGAGAGAAAGAGGAGAAAGUUAUACCAGACCAGGCUAAAGAAGGAGAGAAAGAGGAGAAAGUUGUACCAGACCAGGCUAAAGGAAAGAAAGAGGAGAAAGUUCUACCAGACCAGGCUAAAGGAAAGAAAGAGGAGAAAGUUCUACCGGACCAGGCUAAAGGAAAGAAAGAGGAGAAAGUUCUACCGGACCAGGCUAAAGGAAAGAAAGAGGAGAAAGUUCUACCAGACCAAGCUAAAGGAGAGAAAGAGGAGAAAGUUCUACCAGACCAGGCUAAAGGAAAGAAAGAGGAGAAAGUUCUACCAGACCAGGCUAGAGAAGGGGAGAAAGUUCUACCAGACCAGGCUAAAGAAGGAGAGAAAGAGGAGAAAGUUAUACCAGACCAGGCUAGAGAAGGGGAUAAAGUUCUACCAGCCCAGGCUAAAGAAGGAGAGAAAGAGAAGAAAGUACUACCAGACCAGGCUAGAAAAGGACAGAAAGUUCUACGAGACCAAGCUAAAGAAGGAGAGAAAGAGGAGACUGUUCUACCAUCUCAAACAGACCAGCUUAAAGAGAUGAUGCCGGGAAAGAAAAAUCAGAAGAACAGAAAGUCUAAGAUGCAUAGAGUGAUAGAAAAAGUUGAACCUGCGACAGAGGAGAAGCCAUCCAUCCACAAUAGAGCAGAUUCUGAAGUGAAAUCCACACCGGCUGAUCUUGAGAACUCAGUCUCUGGGGAUGAGCAGAAGCUUGAGGAGCAGCAAGACAGUAAAUCAGAGGAGCUGAACAAAAUGGCUGCCUCUACCAAGAGUCUUAGUGGAGUUGACGCCAAUCAACAAAGAUCAACCCACACCACUGCACCGUACCAAAUCAAUGCACAUCUUGAGGAGAAAACUGAGUAUAUUUCUUUGAGGAGAGAAAUUGACCCACAUGGCAAGGAAAUUGAACAAUUUAGGAUUGGUACACCUGAGAAAGAUGUCCACCUAGACACCCCUCGUGUUAUUGACGUUGUGGAUGCCUCUCCUGAAGCCCUUGUAUCCAUGUCAGGUGCCCAUCUGGUCAAGGCCUCUGUGGCUCCAGGUACCCAGACUACUAAGACCACAGAGGAAAUUGAUGCACAUCUGGCGAAAGAUACUGAGGAGGACAGGUCUCUGAGCAAACAAACUGAUCUUCCUGGCAAGGACAUUGAACAACUAAGAAUUAGUACACCUGAGGAGGCAUAUUUGGCGCCUGCUACCCAGCCAGCAAAAACUACUGGCAAAGGGAAGAAGAAGAAGCAACAGCAGCAAGAACAACAGCAGGAGCAGAAAUGUGACAGUCCCACUGAAACUGAGUGUAAAGAGGAACAGCCCCUUGAGGAGUCUACAGAAUCAGGACAGUCCUGGUCUGACGAGAGCCCACAGUCUGAUGCAAAUGAGAUGGUUGAAUCUGAUACAACAGAGGUACCCGAAUCUGAUACAACUGAGAGCUGGGAGGAGGAGGAUGGAGAAAUCCAAGAAUUGGAGAUAAGGAAAGAGAAGGGCCCAGCUAAGACAGGAAAGUCCUCGUUGCUCCGCCAGGAAUUCCUGGAACAUGACCAGCAAAUUGUGGCUCUGCUCUCUAUGGUGAGACACAUCGAAGUUCGCCUCAAGCAGCAGCAGCAACAGUCGAUUGGUCGCAGUCUCAUUGCGCUUGAUGACAUCAUCAAACAGACAGAGACCUUGGAUCUAGAACUUUGGGAUUUAGAAUCCCAGGUCAAAAAGGAAGUGGAUGCUGCUGGGCAGCUGCUGGAGCCCCGCCCACAGGAAGUACCACCUCAGCUACUAUUGGCCUUGGAAAAGGAUGGACGAAGCUUAGCUCGAGGUUACGAGGCUGCCAGAGGGGUUUCAGAAAACAUCCUGCAGGGGCUGCGCGCACACAGAGAGGCACAUAAGGAGGCAGUGACUGGGGAACAGAGGUCACUUGGAGGGCGAGUAGAGGAUCUUCUCUUCUGGCUGAAGGAGACUGAGGCACAAAUUACAGGAAUGGAUGGGCAAACCCAGGGCGAGACUCCUCCUCAGCGCACACAACAGCUCCAGCUAUGCAAGGAGUUGCAGUCGUCUCUCUCGGCCCGCUCCAAUGACGUCAACGCGCUUGCCUUUGACAUCCAGGUGUUCAUCUCAGAGCGGGCUCAGGACCUGGCUCCAGAACAGAGCAGGCACCUCCUUGGGCAGCUACAACAGCUCCAGAGGGGCUUCCACCGAGCCGCUGGCCAAGCCCACGCCAAGACCGACACCCUCGCAGCCCAGAGAGAGAGGGAGGAGGAGAGGCAGCGCAGGCACAAAGAAAAAGAAGAGGAAGAGAAGGAGAGAGAAAGAGAGAGACAGAGUGCAAGGGAGAGAGAGGUGGUGCAGCAGCACAAAGCAGAGUGCUCACAGAGAUUGGAAGGCCUUACAAUGUGGUUGGCUGGAGCUGCCAGCGUGCUGGCCAAUCAAAGAGCGGGAGCAGAGUCGGGUGACGUGAAUGUGCUGCAGCAGAAACAGAGCGAGCUAAAGGAAGUACAGAAGGACCUGCAGACCAGAGGCGAGGGCGUGGCGGAGACCAUCCGCUCGGUGGAGGAGUUCCUGGCGGAGCACGGUGACAGCCUGAGUCCAGAGGACAGGGCCAACCUCCAGGGGGCACUGUCCCGUAUGAAGGAGCAGUACAGUGCCCUAACCGACACGGCCGACUCCUCCCUGGCCCAGCUGGACACGGCCAUCAGCACCACCGUCCAACAGAACACACAGCGGGCCAAGGCAGUAGAGGAGCUGCAGGAGACCCGGUGUCAGAUUGACUCGCUGCUGGAGGAGCUCUCCUCCCUGAACCAGCCUGGGAGAAUAGGAACUGGCAUGACUGUUACUGACCACCCCUCCUCGCCAGAGGGAAGACUACAAUCACACAGCGACAUGCUCCAGACGGAGCUCCAGCAGCUCCAGGCCCAGCAGGCCCAGCUGAUGCAGGUGUCCCAGAACGCUCGAUCCCUCCUGGACCAGCCCGACUCGGCCGUGCCAGCCGAGGAGAAACGGCGUCUGCGGGACCAGCUAGACCAGCUCCAGACCCAACACCAGGAGAAGCUGCGGGCCUGCCAGGAGAGGCUGAGGCGCUCUGAGGCCCUUAAGGACGAGCUGGCCAAGUUCCUCCAGGAGCACGGGGGCCUGGGGACCUGGCUGGAACAGAGUGAGGGGGAGCUGGGUUCCUUAGGGGAAGGAGAGACGGACGCACAGGGCCUGAAGGGGAGACUGGAAGAGCACAAGAAGCUGGCGGAGGAUGUGAUCUGCCACAAGGCAGACCUGCGCUUCGUAUCCAUCUCUGGUCAGAAGGUGCUGGACUCUGUCCAGGGGGCUCUGGAGAAGGUAGGAGGGUCUGACCCAGCCCUGGAGGAGACCAAGCAGCUGGUCACGGACAAGCUACAGGACGCCAACCACCGUUACGCCGCGCUGCACACCAAGUCGUCAGAUCUGGGGGGGCGUCUGUCGGGUCUGUUGGAACGCUACCAGCAGUACCAGGACGAGGCUGUGUCGCUCCACACCUGGCUCAGCACCCAGGAGCAGAACCAGAGUAUAGCCGGACCCAGCGGAGAGACGGACACACAGACACUACAGAACACACUGCGGGCCGUACAGCUGUUGCAGGAUGAGCUGGCGGAGCGGUCAGUCCAGUUGGAGAAGGUGAGGAGGGCAGGCAGAGAGCUGGCUAACACACAGGAGUCCCCCACUCUCAGAGCUGCUGAGAUCAUCAGCACUGCAGGUGGUCUGGAGAAGAGGUUCAGCUCUCUGUCUGAGUCCGUGUCCGAGCGAGCUGAGCAGCUCCAGACGUCCGUAGCCCAGUCGGUCAGUGUCCAGGAGGGGCUGAAGGGCUUGCUAGCCUGGCUGGACGGCCUACUGCUGACCCCCGGGCCCGUCCAACCCACCGCCCAGGCUGUCCAGGACGCCCUCACACAGAAUCAGAAACUACGCCAGGAGCUGUUAUCCAGACAGGGCAGUGUGGAGGCCACCUGCGACUCGGUCUCCAAACUGCUCCAGAGCUCUGACGCCUCCACGGCCUCCGGGCUCCAGGGGUCACUAGAGCGCCUGAGCCAGCACUACGCCGCGGCACAGGCCAAGCAGGCCGAGAGGGAGGCUGAGCUCCGGGGGCUCCUGCCCAAGCUGGAGAACUAUGAGAGACUGAGUACGGACCUGCAGGGUUUUACUCAGACCAGGCUGAGAGCUUUGAGCCCCGCGGGACAGCCUGACCGCAGUGUGGAGGACUACAGACAGACCAUUGAGGAGGUGAGAGCGGAGCAGGAGCAGGAGGCAGGUCAACUGAAGUCAUUCUGCCAGCUGGGGACAGACCUCAGCCAAGCCAAGGCCCUGACCAGCACACAGACCCUACUGGACAAUGUCAGAGAGGUGUCUGAUGAGUUCGCCCGACUGGAAUCCAACAUCACUGAAAGGAACAACGCCAUGCAGAGUUGUGAGCAGCGGUUGGGCCACUUCCGGUCUCUCUCUGGCUCCCUCCUCAGCUGGCUCCACACAACACAGGAGCAGCUGCCUCCCAAAGAGGCCAACCUCAACGCAGAGGCCCUGCAGAGGAGAGUGCAGCAGCUCGAGGACUUACUGAGCGACUGGGAGGCCCAGGGGGUUCGGGUUCAGGAGCUGAACAAGACUGGGUCAGAACUGGAGACCCUCAUCAUCAACAUCACAGCCCCCCAGGCCAAGACAGGUGUUCCCCAGAUCAAUGGUGCAGACAGCCCCAGCAGGGUCAAUGGCAUUCACACAUGCAAAGACCUGACAGAGAUGCAGGUGGCGGUGGCGGAAGUGAGCGGUCGUUACGAGGAGCUGGGAGGGGAACUGAAGAACAGACGGCGGAACCAGGAGGCUUCUCUGGAGCUCAGACAGAAGGCCAGCCAGGGUACCGAGGAGCUCAGCCGCUGGCUGGGAGACCGGGAGAACAGCCUGCACCUGGGCCAGACUACCACCUCCCCCUCCAAACCUGAGUUGGUACGCGCCCAGGCCCAGGAGAACAAGGCCUUACUGUCUGAGCUGGCAGAGCAUUCUGGGAAGGUGGAGGAGCUGAAGAGCACCCUGGAGAAGCUGAUAGCAGACAACCCAGACUCCCCAGAGGCAGACACCUGGAGACAACAAAUGAAGGAGAUCGACUCCCGCUGGGCAAAGGCCAAUGAGACGGCAGUACAGAGGCAGACGGAACUGGAGACCUGUGCUGAUAGGCUGGGCAGCUUUGCCACAGCAGCCAGUCAGUUGGGGCCGUGGCUCAGAGAGAAGGAGCUGAUGAUGAGUGUGCUGGGACCCCUGAGCAUCGACCCCAACAUGCUGAACACCCAGAAACAACAAGCCCAGUUCAUGCUGCGUGAGUUUGACACCCGCCGGCCCCAGUUUGACCAACUCACCCAGGCGGCCGAGGGCAUCCUUUCCCCGUCUGGUGGCGACUCCUCCCCGCAGGAUGCCAAGGACCUAGCGGAGGUCCGGUCCGAGCUGGGCUCCAUCUCUCAGCAGUGGGACGACCUCACUCAACGUCUGUCCCGGCGCUCGGAGGACAUCGACCAGGCCCAGGGCACCAGCGAGCGAUACCAGGCCCUGCUGAAGGACCUUUCGGUCAGCGUGGGGGCGCUAGGCGAGCGGCUGGACGGCCAGGCCUCGCUCAGUGCCCAGCCUGAGGCCCUGAAACGGCGUCUGCAGGAGACAGGCGAGAUCCGCUCUGAGCUGGAGCAGAGGAGGGAUGAGCUGGGCGAGGCGGAGAAGCUGUGCGGCGAGCUGAGCGCCAUCGUGGUUGAACCUUACCUGAGAGACGAGCUGAAGAAGAGGCUGGAGAGCGUGAGGAGCCCGCUGAGGAGCCUGGAGGAGAGGGCCACUGACGGUCUGUCCCAGCUCCAAGCUGCUCUCUCAAGCACCCAGCAGUUCCAGCAGAUGUUCGAGGAGCUGCGGAGCUGGUUGGACAACCAGGGUGGCCAAAGAGACUCUACCGCCGACUCCCUCCCCUGCCAGCCCGAGGCUAUCCGGACCCUGCUUGCCCAGCAAGACGAGCUUCAUCGCGGGGUGGCCAGCCAACGUGGCCCCUACGAGCUCAUCCAGGCGGAGGGGACCUCCCUGCUCGCCAAGCUACCCGCCGGCGGCGAAGAACGAUCAGCCUUACAGUCCCGGCUCGCCACCCUACGCCAGGACUGGGAUGAGCUUAAUCAGUGCAUCGUGGAACGCCAGAACCGGCUGAAAACCGCCCUGACCAAGGCCGAGAGUUACCAGCAACACCGUGCCAAGCUCACGCCCUGGGUGACAGAGUGCGAGAAGCGGGAAGCUGACAUCCAGCCCUCCCUUGACCCAGCGGCCCUGGACGAGGCCUUGCAGAAGGCCAGGCAGCUGGGGUUAGACCUGGAGCACCAUCGCCCCCUCCUGGAGGGUUUAAACACCGCGGCCGACCAACUCCUGGAACACUGCCGCGUCGGAGAGGAAGACAUACGCGACGAGAAAGCCCAACUCAACCGUAGAGUCGACGGGCUGGCAGAAAAACUCCAGAACUGUGUUUCCCAACUGGAAGAGUUAGCGGAUCGACUGAAGGAGUUCGAGGACGGGCGGCAGGCGGUGGAGAGGAGGCUGGAGGCGGCGCGGCAUCAGAUCGAGGUGCAGGAGGCGCUGGGCCCACAGGCGUGCAGCAACAAGAGCCUGGAGCGGCUGAGGAGCCAGCAGGGGACGCUGCACUCGCUGCAGCCACAGGUGGCCUACCUGAGGGAUCUGGCCCAGGGGCUGGUGCAGGACGCACCCCACACAGCAGGGGGUGGCGGAGAGGGAGGACAGCGGCUGGAGCAGCAGGCCCGAGACACAGACAGAGAGUUUGGAGACGUCAGCGAAAAGAUUGAAAAGUGCUGUUCCACCCUGGAGUCCCGUCUCCAGGGUGUGGGGGAAGUCCAGUCCUCGGUACGCGACCUCUUCUCCCGCCUGGCCGACCUGGACGACGAGCUGGACUCGCUGAGCCCCGUGGGGCGCGAUGCCGACUCGCUCGCCUCGCAGGCGGAUGCCGUCCGCACUUUCCUGGCUCGCCUGGCCACGUUGAGGUCGGAGCUAGAAGGUCACGGGGGCGACUGCACCGCCAUGCUCCGCCGAGAGGGCUCGUCUCCCGAUCUCCUCGCCCUGAGGAGAGAGACUGAGGCUCUGAGCCGCCAGGCUGGGAAGCUGGCCGAGAGGGGCCAGGCCAGACUGGAGCAGAUCGAGGCAGCUGCCGAGAAGGUGGGAGAAUUCUACGCCCAGGUGGCGGAGCUGCAAGGGCUCCUGGGACGGGCAGAGGAAGGGCUGAACUCGCAGGGCGUGGUGGGGACGGAGGUGGAGACCAUCAAGCAGCAGCUGCACGAGUUCAAGGCGGUGGAGAGGGAGCAGGUGGACAGCAUUCAACCCAAGCUGCAGCACGUGAACGCGGUGGGCCAGGGCCUGAUCCAGAGUGCAGCCAAACACACAGACACCCAGGCCCUGGAGCAUGACCUAGAGACCACCAACCUCAGAUGGAACUCCCUCAACAAGAGGAUUGCAGAGCGCAUCGCCCAGUUGCAGGAAGCUCUGUUGCAUUGUGGGAAGUUCCAGGAUGCCCUGGAGCCUCUUCUGAGCUGGCUGAGUGACACGGAGGAACUGGUAGCCAAUCAGAAGCCCCCGUCAGCCGAGUACAGAGUGGUCAAGGCCCAGAUCCAGGAACAGAAGCUGUUACAAAGACUGCUGGACGACCGCAGAGCCACUGUUCAGAUGAUCCAGGGAGAGGGAGAGAGGAUCGCAGCUACGGCCGAGACACAGGACAAAGACAAGAUCCAGAAACAGCUGGAGAGUCUGGGAGUGAGAUGGGACGAGCUGCUGGAGAAAGCCAGAGCAAGGCAGUGCCAGUUGGAGGAUCUGCAGGCGCUGGCACUUCAGUUCCACGAGGCGGUGGAGCCUCUUGGAGAGUGGCUGAGUGCCACCGAGCGACGCCUGAGCACCGUCGAGCCCAUGGGAACCCAGACUUCCAAGAUCACCCAACAGAUUACAAAACACAAGGCCGUCCAAGAGUCCGUCUCCUCUAGAGGAUCCGAGGUCAACCGCCUCGAGGCCCUCGGCCAAUCCCUGGCGCCCCUCAGCUGCGCGGCCGACCGCGAUUGGCUGAGGGAGCGUGUGGGGGCGGUGCGGCUAGGCCACUCGGAGCUCAGUGAUUGGUGCCAAUGCAGGGCCGUCAUGCUGGAGCAGGCCCUGGCCAAUGCCCAGCUGUUUGGGGAGGAUGAGGUGGAGGUGCUCAACUGGCUGGCUGAGGUGGGCCAGCGGCUGGGACAGGUGUCUGUGCAGAGCUACCAGCCAGGGGUCCUCACCCAGCAGCACAAGCACACACUGUCUCUGAAUGAAGAGAUAGUGAGCAGGAAGAAGCAGGUUGACCAGGCCGUCAAGAACGGACAAGCCCUGCUCAAGCAAACCACCGGUGAGGAAGUUCUGCUGAUCCAGGAGAAGCUGGACGGUAUCAAGUCUCGCUACGCUGAGAUGACGGGCGGGAGCAGCAAAGCCCUCCGCAUCCUGGAGCAGGCCCUGCAGCUGAGCACGCGAUUCGCCAGCGCCCACGACGACCUCAACCAAUGGUUAGACAAGGUGGAGGCGGAGCUCAACGUCAUGGAGCCCGACGCCACGCCAGCCUAUCAGGACAGACAGAAGGAGCUGAAGUGUGUGUCGGCGGAGAAACGUCUGGUUUUGGACACGGUCAACGAGGUGGGCAGUGCCCUCUUAGACCUGGUGCCCUGGCGUGCCCGCGAGGGCCUAGACCGCCUGGUGGCUGACGCCAACCAGCGCUACCGAGCGGCGGACGAGACCAUAACCCAGCGGGUACAGCUGGUACAGGCUGCCGUCCAGAGGUCACAACAGUAUGAGGAGGCGGUGGACGCGGAGCUGACCUGGGCUGGAGAGACGGAGAGGAAGCUAUCCUCCCUGGGUCCUCUGAGUCUGGAGCCUGACGUCACCGUGGCCCAGCUACAGGUCCAGAGGGCCUUCAAUAUCGACAUCAUCCGACACAAAGACACCGUGGACCAGCUACUCCACACCAGGGACGACAUCCUGGAGACGUGCAGCGACCAGCAGAGAGACGCUCUGGUGGUGAAGACUGACUCGCUGACUGCCCGCUACGAAGUGGUGAGCCAGCGGCACCAGGAGCGUUUCUCAGCCCUGGAGCAGGCCCAGGUCCUGGUGGCCCGCUUCUGGGAGACCCAGGAGGAGCUGGAGCCCUGGCUGGGGGAGACGGAGACCCUUAUCGCCCAGCUGCCCCCGCCUGCCAUCGACACCGAGGCCCUGCGACUCCAACAGGAGCAGAUGAGGCUCUUGAGGGAGUCCAUAGCGGAGCACAAGCCCCACAUCGACAAGCUGCUGAAGAUCGGCCCCCAGCUGGCCGUUCUGAGUCACCAGGAGGGGGCCACGGUGAGGCAGCGCUACAGCGACGCCGAGACACGCUACGCGGCCAUCAAGGAGGAGGUCAAGGGUCGCGCCGCCACCCUGGACGAGGCUGUGUCUCAGUCUGCGCAGCUGGUAGAGUUCCAUGACAAGAUGGACCCCCUAUUGGAGACCCUGGAAGGGGCUGUGCAGCGCCUCCGUUCCCCUUCUCCCGUGGCGGCGGAGGCGGAUAAGAUCCGGGAGCAGCUGGCUGAGCACAAGGCUACCGGGCUGGAGCUAGACAAACUGCUGCCCUCCUUCUCUGCCCUGUGUGCCCGCGGCGAGGAGCUCAUCAGUAGAGCAGCCCACGAUGAUCCUGCCGCUGAAGCUGUGCAUUCCCGUCUCCUGCGUCUGCGCUCCCUGUGGGAUGAGAUCCGGCAGAGGGCUGAGGAGCGGGAGGGGAAGCUGACGGACGUCUUGGACCUGGCUGGGAAGUUCUGGGCCGACAUGGCGGCGCUACUGAGCACGCUCCGUGACUCGCAGGACAUCGUCAAGGAGCUGGAGGACCCCGGGGUGGACCCCUCACUCAUCAAACAGCAGAUAGAGGCGGCUGAGGCCAUCAAGGCCGAGACAGAUGGGCUGAGGGAGGAGCUGGAGUUUGUACGAACCCUUGGAGCUGAACUCAUCUUCGCCUGCGGAGAAACAGAGAAGCCUGAGGUCAAGAAGACCAUUGACGAGAUGAAUGUCGCCUGGGAAGGCCUGGACCGGACGUGGAGAGAGAGGAUGGAGAGGUUGGAGGAGGCCAUGGCUGCUUCUGUGCAGUACCAGGAUGCAUUGCAGGGCAUGUUUGACUACCUGGACAACACAGUGAUCAAGCUCUGUGACAUGUCCACUGUGGGCACUGAUCUGGGAACUGUCAAACAGCAGAUUGAAGAGCUCAAGCACUACAAGGUGGAGGUGUACCAGCAGCAGAUAGACAUGGAGAAGCUGUGCCACCAGGGGGAGCUACUGCUCAAGAAGGUCUCGGAUCAGAACGACAGAGACAUGAUCCAGGAGCCCCUCACGGAGCUCCGACACCUCUGGGACAACCUGGGGGACAAGAUCAUUCACAGACAGCAUAAGUUGGAAGGGGCUCUCCUGGCUCUAGGUCAGUUCCAGCAUGCCUUGUCUGAGCUGCAGUCCUGGCUGAGUCACACCCACGCCACCCUGGACACACAGAGACCCAUCAACUCUGACCCCAAGGCCAUCGAGAUAGAACUGGCCCGACACCACGUGCUGAGGAACGACGUGCUGUCCCAUCGCUCCACGGUGGAGACGGUGAACGCGGCGGGGGCUGAGCUGCUGGAGUCCAGUCCCGGGGAGGAGGCCAACCACCUCCGCGACCAGCUGGACCACCUCAACCGCGGCUGGGAGAACUUGCUACUCAAGACCCAGGACCGGCAGAAACUACUAGAGGCCGCACUGCACAAGGCGGAGGGUUUCCAUGGUGAGCUGGAGGAGUUCCUGCAGUGGCUGAGGAGGACAGAGAGCCAGCUGUCUGCAGCCAAACCCACAGGUGGCCUGCCUGAGACGGCCCGGGAGCAGCUGCAGCAGCACCUGGAGCUUCAGACCCAGUUGGCCCAGCGCGCGGAGCAGUACAACCGGCUGCUGGACGCGGGGGAGUCCAUGUUGCUCUCCCGCGGGGGGGAGGAGGGCGGCCCCGGGGCUGGCACGACCCAGACCCAACAGAACCUGGCCCUGCUGCAGAACAAGUGGGCCAGCCUGAACACCAAGAUGGAUGACCGCAGGGCGAAGCUGGAAGAAGCGGUGUCGCUGGCCACAGGGUUCCAGUCCUCCCUCCAGGACACCAUCAACUGGCUGACCCAGGCUGAGCAGACCCUCAACAUGGCCCAGGCCCCCUCCCUCAUCCUGGACACCGUCCUCUUCCAGAUAGACGAACACAAGGUGUUUGUGAAUGAGGUGAACACCCACAGGGAGCAGGUUUUGGCUCUGGAGAAGUCCGGCUCUCAGCUGCGUUUCGCCAGUCUGAAGCAGGAUGUGGUUCUGAUCAAGAACCUUCUGCUGAGUGUUCAGGCCCGCUGGGACAAGCUGGUGCAGAGGUCCCUGGACCGCGGCAGACACCUCGACGAAGCCCGCAAGAGGGCCAAGCAGUUUCAUGAGGCUUGGAGGAAACUGUCAGACUGGCUGGAGGAGGCUGAGAGCCGGCUAGACUCGGAGCUGGAGAUCUCCAACGAGCCAGACAAGAUCAAAGUACAACUGACCAAACACAAGGAGUUUCAGAAGGCGCUGGGCUCUAAGCAGCCGGUGUAUGACACCACAGUGAGGUCUGGUAAGGCCAUGAGGGACAAGACCACGUUGCCCGAAGACACCCAGAAACUAGACCACCUACUGGGGGAGGUCAGGGACAAGUGGGACACCGUCUGUGGGAAGAGUGUUGAGAGGCAACACAAGCUAGAGGAGGCCCUGCUGUUCUCAGGUCAGUUUGCUGAGGCCCUGCAGGCCCUGGUGGACUGGCUGUACCGUGUAGAACCCCAGCUGGCUGAAGACCUGCCAGUCCACGGAGACCUGGACCUGGUCUCCAACCUCAUGGACUCACACAAGGCCUUCCAGAAGGAGUUGGGAAAGAGGACAACUAGUGUUCACGCCCUGAAGCGCUCAGCCAGAGAACUGAUGGAGACGGGCCGCGACGACACCGCCUGGGUCAAAGUUCAACUGCAAGAGCUCAGCAACCGCUGGGACACAGUCUGUGCCCUGUCCGUCACCAAGCAGACCCGUCUUCAGCAGGCCCUCAAACAGGCGGAGGAGUUCCGCACGGAGGUGCAGCUGCUGCUGGAGUGGCUGUCCGAGGCAGAGCAGACGCUGCGGUUCCGCGGCGUGCUGCCUGAGGAGGCGGAGACUCUGCAGACGCUGCUCCACACCCACCGGAACUUCAUGGCCACGGUGGAGGAGAAGAGGACCGACGUGAACCGGGCCGCGAGCCAGGGCGAGGCCAUCCUCACCACGUGCCACGCCGACUGCAUCACCACCAUCAAACACUGGAUUACCAUCGUCCGCUCCCGCUUUGAAGAGGUCCUCACAUGGGCCAAACAGCACGAGCAGCGUCUGGAGACCGCUCUGACAGAGCUGCUCAACAACGCCACGCUAUUGGAGGAGCUGUUGUCAUGGCUGCAGUGGGCGGAGACUGCCCUAGUCCAGCGUGACGGAGAGACCCUUCCACAGGACAUCCCUCAGCUCAAAACACUCAUCACAGAACACCAGGUGUUUAUGGAGGAGAUGACCCGGAAGCAGCCUGACGUGGACAAAGUGACCAAGACUUACAAGAGGAAACCAGCAGAGCCCCCUAGCAGCCUAGCUGAGAGGAGAGGAGCUCGUAAAAACCAGCAGCAACAACAGCAUCAACAACAGGCGGCGAUGCAAGUCGCCGGGGGCAACCCCCGCUUGACUCAGCUAUGCUCAAGGUGGCAGCAGGUGUGGCUGCUUGCCCUCGACCGCCAGCGGAAGCUCAACGACGCCCUCGACAGGCUUGAAGAGCUGAAAGAGUUUGCCAACUUUGACUUUGACGUUUGGAGGAAGAAGUACAUGCGCUGGAUGAACCACAAGAAGUCGCGCGUCAUGGACUUCUUCAGACGCAUCGACAAGGACCAGGACGGAAAGAUCACUCGCCAGGAGUUCAUCGACGGCAUCCUGGCCUCAAAGUUCCCCACCAGCAGGUUGGAGAUGACGGCGGUGGCUGACAUCUUUGACCAGGACCGAGACGGUUACAUCGACUACUACGAGUUUGUGGCGGCGCUGCACCCCAACAAGGACGCCUACCGGCCCACCACCGACGCUGACAAGAUAGAAGACGAGGUGACCAGACAGGUGGCACAGUGUAAAUGUGCCAAGCGGUUCCAGGUGGAGCAGAUAGGAGAGAACAAGUACAGAAUGGGCCAGAGCAAUUACAAGUUCUUCCUUGGAAACCAGUUUGGUGACUCGCAGCAGCUGCGGUUGGUGCGUAUCCUGCGCAGUACGGUCAUGGUGCGGGUCGGAGGGGGCUGGAUGGCCCUGGACGAGUUCCUGGUCAAGAACGAUCCCUGCAGAGUGCAACAUCCUGGACUUAAGAUCCUUCGCUCCGACUCCAGUAGCACCAUUUCAUCUCGUAUAGUGACGGUCACUCCUGGCUAUUUCUGCUGCAGAGCCCGAGGCCGUACCAACCUGGAGCUGCGUGAGAAGUUCAUCCUUCCGGAGGGUGCUUCCCACGGCCUGGCGGCGUUCCGCUCCCGAGGCCGGCGCUCCAAACCCGGCUCCCGCACGGCCUCGCCCACCCGCUCCUCCUCCUCGGCCUCGCACAGCGCACAUAGCUGCGCCUCCUUGCCCUCUGCUCCCGCCACCCCCACCGCCUCCUCUAGGUCCUCAAACUCGCGUGGCUAUGCCAAGCCCUGGCUGGCACACAGUAAAACUCCAACACCAACCAAGUGCCAGUCCUGCCCAGACCACGACCACACCACCCCUGGGCAUGAGGGAGCAGCGUCGGGGUCCAAGCUGAAGAGGCCCACCUUCCACUCCAGCCGAGGGUCUCUGACUGGAGAGAAUGGAGGAGCUACACCCAUUUCUACUAAACCUGGACGUACCGACCCCAAGCGUACCCCAUCGGGGGCCAGUGGUCCGGUCAGCCGGGCGGGCAGCCGGGCGGGCAGCCGGGCGGGCAGCAGGGCAAGCAGCCGGCGGGGCAGCGACGCUUCGGAUGCCUCUGAGCUCCUGGAGACUCGCUCGGACACCUCGGACACCCCCCGGCGCCCAGGAGCGGCCAAGCCCUCCAAGAUCCCUACCAUCUCCAAGAAGGCCCCAAGCCCCAAGACACCCGCUUCUGGGAAGAAAUAGUGAGGGAGAUGUCAAAAAGACGUCAUACAGCCAACCAUGGAGUCGUCAACAUAACAGCUUCAUACAUCUAACUAUCCGGCUGGUUUGACUCCAAGGGCUUCCCCAGCCCCCCAAAACACCAGCCAUGAUGAAAUAGGGAAGAUGUCCAGACUAUAGAAUUAGAUCAAGUAGAACGCACCGUCUCCCUUUCAAAGAGACACUCUAUAGUGAACAGACUACUGGCGGCCAUAUUGGGUGUCACAUUUGAUCCAAACGUCCAUCCAUAGGGCUUGCAUGGGAUUCAUGCACCAAGACUACUGUAUGAAGGGCAGGGAGAGAUAGGGGAAGAUAUCUCUCUCUUCCUCCCUCGUACACACACUCGGAAAAAAACUCACUGGGGGUGUCUGGUUCGUGCACUUAGACGGAACAGAACUUUCCCCUUUUAAAACCCAGAUCCCAGUUUGCCUUCCAGUCUCCUGUGUGCUCUGUCUCGUAACGGGAUUGUGCUAGACUGUUGUAGAGAAAGCCACAGCAAUUUGAACCGACAACCAACCAACAUAAUGCUGCCUUACUGUGUUACACAUUUCUGUCCUUACUUUUACCUAAUCUGAGUUCCAGAGAACGUUAGGUAGAGCCUUGUAACUACUUUGUGUAUGUACACACUGACACGCACAGAACUGAAGCACACACACACACACACACAUUGCGGGGAGAGAUUAAAUGACUCGGGACUUCCUGGAGAAUGGCAUUCAAAAGAACUGGAUUGUGGGUAUUUUUUUUUUUUUCUCACCAUGAGUUCAACUGAAAAUAUGCAAUGAUUGCCGUCUUGUUUUUUUCCUCCCCUGGACUGGGAAGUGAAGAGGAAUGACACUUCAGCAUGUCUAUGGGUCGGGAACAUCCAGACUAGCGUGAAUCUACUGUUCAGUGUCUGAGCGGCGCCACUCUGACCACUUCCUGCACUGAGCUAACUGCCUAAACCUCUUGCCCAGGAGACCGCGGAAGUGGUGGGAAACACACUGCAAUGUCCUCACAAACCCCUGCAACAUUGGAAGUGUGUUUAAAGGUGUGUAUGUGAGUGUGUGUUUGAUGGUAUGAAGGGUUUCUCAUGUUGUCCUAUAAUAUGGAACCUGGGUUUCUGAGAAGAAAAGCACUAUUUCUUGGUGGGACCCCACUAACAGCAGAAACGUGACAGUGUGAAACAGUGUAGUCGAUUGUAAAGGAGACACAAUUUAAGCGACUAUAAUUCUACGAUUAGAGAUUGAAGACCAGCACACACUGACGGUGUAUCGCUGUAAUUCCACAUUGCCCCUCCCCCUACGUUGCCGCUGGAAACCCCAUAGCCGCAAACACAUUUUUGUACACGCGUGUAGUCGUCACGUGUUUACAGGAAUCAAAGGUCAUCGACUUGCGUCACUGUAUGCAAAGAUUUCAUUUGUGAAUGUCUUUCGUUCGGGUUAAUUUAUCAUCCUGUUGUAUUUUGUUUUAGUUUUGCUUUUGUAGUUUAAGAAAACAUUUCUAUUUAUUUUUCAGUUCUGUAUCAUCACCUUGGAGAAUGAUUAGUGUUAAUAUAAUGAAAUCAUGAUCUUUUGUACCAAGGAAAAUGUCUGCUCCUCUCUUCAACGUUGUAUGUUAUUACUUCUCAACAUAACUUUACUCAACUAGGAAGCGGACUUUCCAUGGCAGCCUUUUUUGCUAAUGACUACAACUCCCUGAACAUGACCAAAGGGGGUUGCCCUUAUUGUGUUGACAAAAAAAACUACAAAUAUGGAUGACAGGGAACCGAACCCCCAGUGUCCCUCCUUUACAGGCGUUUGAAUUGUCAUGUCUUUGAUGGCUGCAAAUGUGCUCCCCUAUUUCUUAAUGUGAGAGCUGAACUAUAUGAAAACUUAAUGAACGCAAAUGUCAUCUUGAGGUGAUUUUAUUUAUUUAUUGUCUCCUUGGGGGCAGGGAUCCGGGGACGCCGAAGAGGAACCUACCUUUUGAUGCGGUGUUAUUCUCUGUGAUGAAGAGAAAAUAUGUCGGUGGGAGGGGGGGUUAGAAGUCAAUUGUGUAAAAUAAAAAAAGCUAAGAUUAUAAACCUUUUUUUGUUCUCUUUUUGUAUUAAAAAUAUGCUUGCAGUAAAAAAAAA